AACUUUUGGCCUCCUCAAAAUUUUGUUAGCCAUUAAGAUUUAGGAACACAAUAAUCCAAAAUCAAACUGUCUUUUUUAAUAGUAUCCAAAUACAAACUUGUAACGACUCUUUAUAAACCCUUUCAACAAUUAACUAACAUACCAUUUUCUCUCUUGAGCCUUCUUUCUUUGCCUUUUUAUUUUUCGUUCUUUCUCUUUGUUAACUUAGAGGAAGGACGGUUCUUAUUUCUUUAACUUCUUAAUUUUUUUUCAAUAUUAAUCCAUAUUCAACAUGGGAAACUGUGGCAGCAACCCCAAGACUAAUGAAGGACCUGAACCAGUGUCUGUGCCUGAGCCGGCGCCUGUACCUAUAACUGAGGAGGUUAAGGUUGGUGCAACAGAGGAGACCCCUGUUGAAGAUAACAAAUCUCUAAACACCUUGCUCAAUGAGAAUGUGGAGGAGGCAAAGAAGCCAGAAGAAGGCAAGGCUGACGCUGAGGAAGUGAAGGCUGAACCUAAGGAAGAAGAACCUAAGACUGAGGAAGUAAAGGGUCAAGAAGAGAAGCCAAAAACAGAAGAAACAAAGAUUGAGGCCUAGAGUUUUUUUUUUUUCUUUUUCAAAGAGAGGGAUAGUAUACUUCAAAUAGACAAAUUUGUUGCUUUUCUGUUUAAUUAGUAAUCCAAGAAUUUGAUUUAGAUCGUUAUGUAUGUGAUCGACAAAUUGGAUUUAGGAUUGUUGAUUUAAGUAUGCAUUUAUGUGAGUUCUUUUCUUAAUACUUUUGGUUAUUAAAACAAAAUAAUUUUAAGCUGCUAAUUAAUGUUCAUUUUAUCAAGAAAUUAAUAAUUGUACACUAUGAAGUACUUCUUAAGUUGCUAAAA